AUGAAGCAGCGUCUGAGGUACAAACGGAAUGUAAAUAAAAAUUGGAUUGCUUUAAGAGAUGUCAAAAGUAAAGUGGAAGCUUUAGCUCAAGAAAUCCCAUUGUCUCUAAAUAAGUAUAUAGGUCCAAGAAAAACGGCCAAAAGAUCUACAGCUGUAACAGGAUCAGCAAGGUACACGUCUCUAGGAGAAACUUCAGCUCCAAGAGGUGCCGAAUCUCUAGAAGGAGUUACAUCUGUUGCAGCGUCAACCAAACCCCUGUGGCCGGUACGUCGUGUGUCAGAAGUUCCUGGGGACUUGGUGUUGGGUGGCCUCAUGAUGGUCCAUGAGAGGUCAGACACAGACACCUGCGGUCCAGUCAUGCCUCAGGGUGGGAUACAGGCUCUGGAGACGAUGCUCUUUACUCUGGAUGUGAUAAACAACCGCAAACUUCUGCCCUUCACGCUCGGUGCUCAUAUUCUGGACGACUGUGACAAAGACACUUACGGGCUUGAGAUGGCCGUAGAUUUUAUCAGAGGGUCAAUAAGCAACAUUGAUGACACCGAAUACCUCUGUAACAAAACGCAAGUGAGGAAGGUGAUCUCUGGAGUAGUUGGAGCAGCUUCCAGUGUCACGUCUAUACAGGUGGCAAACCUGCUGAGACUCUUCAAGAUACCACAGGUGUCCUUCUGGUCCACCUCCCCGGAGCUGAGCAACAAACAGAGGUUCGAGUAUUUCACCAGGACCAUCCCCUCGGACCAUCAUCAGGCCAAGGCUAUGGUGGAGAUUGUCAAGAGGAUGGACUGGAACUAUGUGUCCAUCAUCUAUGAGGAGUCCAACUACGGCAUCAAGGCAUUUGAAGAGUUAGAACAACUGCUGGCCAAGUCCAAUAUCUGCAUCGCCGUCAAGGAAAAGCUCGCCAAAGACUCUGGAGUGGCCGAAGACAUCGCCUAUGACAACGUUGUGUUGAGGCUGCAGACAAAGCCUAGAGCAAGAGGAGUCAUAGUAUUCGCCUCGGACCAGGAGGUGGCUGGUCUCAUGAGAGCGGUUCGUCGCUGUAACGCCACGGGAGACUUCACCUGGAUUGGCAGCGACGGAUGGUCAGCGAGGUCCUUGGUCUCCGAGGGGAGUGAGGCUGAGGUUGAGGGAACUCUCAGUGUACAACCUCAGGCCAACCCUGUCCUAGGGUUUGACACAUACUUCCUCAACCUGACGGUGGAGAACAACAAGAGGAACCCUUGGUUUGUAGAGUUCUGGGAGGACCACUUCCAGUGCCGCUACCCCGGGAGUCCCACUACCCCGUACAACCUUCGCUACUCCAGACUGUGCUCUGCUGACGACAGACUCACUCUACAGAACACCGCGUUUGAGAACCAGCUGCAGUUUGUCAGUGACGCCGUCAUGUCGCUGGCUGUCGCACUGGGCGACAUGCACGCUGAUCUGUGUCGCAGUCCGGGUCUGUGUGGCGACAUGUCACCAACCAAAGGACCGGAGCUGCUGAAGUACCUCAGGACUGUCAACUUUGUAGGUCUGUCAGGAGACAAGUUCCACUUUGACGUCAACGGUGAUGGUCCAGCGAGGUACAACAUCAUCCACUUCAAGCAGACACAACCCGGAGUCUACCGCUGGGUGUUGGUGGGAGAAUAUGUGGAGGGAGAACUGACUCUCAACAUGACAGAAGUGCAGCCCUCACUCCCUGAGAGUGUGUGUAGCCUCCCGUGUGAGGUUGGCCAGGCCAAGACAUACGUAGAGGGAGAAAGCUGUUGCUGGCACUGCUUCAACUGUUCCACCUACCAGAUCCGCCACCCGACUGACGAGACGCAGUGUCUCCUUUGUCCUGAAGGUACCAAGCCCGACAUGUACCAUCAGGUCUGCCUGGACAUACCCGAGGACUACCUGCGAGCUGGCAGUGCUUGGGCCAUCGGAGCGAUGACCUUCUCGUUGGUAGGUGUGUUGGCCACGUCGCUGGUGGCUGGAGUGUUUGUCUCUCACAACGACACUCCCGUGGUGAAGGCUGCUGGUAGAGAAUUGACCUACGUGCUCCUCGCAGGUUUACUCAUGUGUUAUCUCAUCACAUUUGUCCUUGUAUUACGACCUUCUGACAUCGUUUGCGGAGUUCAGAGGUUCUGGGCAGGAUUUAGUUUCACUGUCGUGUACGCCGCAUUACUGACGAAGACCAAUCGGAUCUCUAGAAUAUUCAAUGCAGGCAAACGCACAGCCAAGCGACCUUCCUAUAUCACACCGCGCUCCCAGUUGUGCAUCUGCAGCGGGCUGGUCUCUGUACAGGUAGUGAUCAAUGCAGUGUGGAUGAUAGUCUCACCUCCUCGUGCCAUCCAUCACUAUCCUACCAGAGAAGACAACCUCCUUGUGUGUAGCUCAUACGUGGACGCCUCCUACAUGAUCGCCUUCGGGUAUCCCAUCUUGCUCAUCGUCGUCUGCACAGUGUACGCCGUGCUGACCAGGAACAUCCCAGAGGCGUUCAACGAGAGCAAACAUAUUGGGUUCACCAUGUACACGACAUGUGUGAUCUGGUUGGCGUUCGUUCCUCUGUACUUCGGAACAGGUCACAACACCGCAUUGAGGAUCACCUCUAUGUCAGUCACAAUCAGUCUGUCUGCCAGUGUUACUGUGGCUUGCCUCUUCACACCAAAGCUAUACAUCAUCCUGGUACAUCCAGAAAGGAACGUACGUCAGAGUAUGAUGCCCAACGCUAGACUCAAGACUACCGAUUGUACUACACAACACAUCUCCGGGGGUCACGUGAGACCCGCCACUGUCACUGAAGUCACAUUGCUGCCAAAAGUACCAGAGUUGAGAUUCAGGGAUGAGAACCACGUCUCAAUACAGACAAUCUCGAAAUACACGCAGACGGGAAAAACAGAAGAGAACUCCCUGAAUAUUUAGCAGCCGAGCCUAGCAGAUUCUGUGGUCAAGGGAGAAUACCAUGUCAAUGUUAUGGCUGAUACAAUUAGAACAGUUAAUACACACAUGAGAAUAGAAGUCUAAAAGUGUCUGACGGGUUGAAUUUGAUCACUACCCUCACAUUGUCUCUUAUGUGGGACGAUGGGGUAAAUAUCGAUUGUAUUUGUUUUGAAACCUUCCGAUGAGGUUUAAAUCGAUGACUUUUAUUGUUUAAGAUAUUUUUUUAUAAAUAUAAAACUUAAUACAAGAUAGUAUUUUA